GCGACGUCGUUUCGGGUGAAGCAUUCUUCGACGGCGGACGGGGAGGAGAGGAGGAGGAUCCUGCGGGAGCCGAGGCGGAGGAGGAGGAUCUUGCCGUGGGCGGCGGAGAUGGACUGGAGGGUUCGGUGGAUGGGUUGUUUGUUGUUGUUGAGGAGGAGGUGGAGGAGGUGGCCGACGACGGGGAGGGACGACGGCGGCGACGGAGGCGGGUUGAGGGUCUUCGACGUCGACGGCCGGGGCGAUAAGAGCUUCAUUACGAGGAGGGUGAUGAUGAGGAUGGUGGAGUAUACUACUAGGAGGAUGUAGGUUUGUUCCAUCGUCACGUUGAGUUUGGCUGGGUUGGAUUGGGUUGGGUUUUCUUUGUGUAGU